CACCUACGAUCAUUCUCACCUUGGCUUCCAGCAGGCUUUGACAUCUGCUUCAGAGAUGGCUGCUGGUACAGCGGCUACAACCGUCCUUCCUCCUGUGAAGAGUGUGGUGGUCUACAGGAAUGGAGACCCCUUCUACACCGGACGCAGGUUUGUGGUGAACCAGCGACAGGUGGUGACUAUGGAGGCCUUUCUGAAUGAGGUGACCCAGAGCAUCGGUGCUCCGCUUGCCAUCAGGACCCUGUACACCCCCAGACAGGGCCACAGAGUCACAGACCUGCAGGACCUGCAGACUGGAGCCCAGUAUGUCGCUGCUGGCUUUGAGAGGUUCAAGAAAUUGGAUUACCUCAACACAGGGGCGAGAAAGCCACCAGUGCCACGUGAAGACAUCCAGGCCAAAGUCACACAGAGGCCAAACGUCUCAGCCAAAUGGAGGAAGUUUAUACCUGUGCCUUGCAUCUUACACGUCUUUCGUAACGGAGAUCUCCUAUGUCCACCUUUCCGAUUCAUCAUUCCUCGGAGCAUGCGGCAGGACCUGGACCAGAUCCUGAGUCUGGUCACAGAGAAGGUCAGCUUACGUACCGGAGCUGUUCGCAGGUUGUGCACUCUGGAGGGAGUGACGGUGGCCUCAGCUGCAGAGCUGGAGACUGGCCACUGCUAUGUUGCCGUGGGAACUGAGAGGUUCAAGAAACUUCCAUAUGUGGAGCUGUUGGCUUCAAAAGCUGCAGAGAGAUAUUACCCAGGAAAGAGAAGAAUGCUCAGGAGAAAUGAGAACAGGAAAGCAGGAAGCGGUCCAGACGACCAGUACAGUGACUCAGCUCUACUCGACUCCCCAGAGUCAGAUGGUCGGAGGGUGAGGUCGACAGGAGAUGAAGCAGCAGCUCCAGCAGGAACGCAGCAGCAGAGAAACAGGAGAGACGCAGCAGAUGAGACUUCUAUGUUCUUCGCCAGGCCGGUGAAGAUCCGCCAUAACCGGGGAGCGCCAAGACCACCACUCAGCAAUGGAUCUGUCCUGCCAAGCCUGUUUAAAAGAGCAGCAAGGAAGAAAAGAGAGGAGGUACGGGGAGCCGAGGAGGUGCAAGAGGACGAAAACACAGCAACAGAGCUACCUGUUGACCAGAGAGUUGCAGAAACAGUAGAGGAUGAAGAGCUUAACAACAGAGUUGAUCUGCAAAACACAGAGGAGAGACAUGCACAAAUCUCUGAGAGCGAGCAGCACAAUGAGGAGGAACACCCACACAGUAACAAUGGAGAGCAGGCCCCGUCAUCAGAGCAACACGGUGCAAAACAAACCGAAAAUCCAAGCAGGACUGAGGAGUCUGCUGCAGAAAUACUGGAGCCAGGGCUGAAACAGUUGUCCUCAAACUCGAGACCUUCUUCGGCUACCUCUCAGGGAAAAAACAGGAAUGAGAAGGAGGAUUCUUAAUACACCCGGUCAAAUACAGUGGAGCAGAACCAUCAUCAGGAGGACUCGCAGAGAUAACUGCUGACCCCUUAGACAACAACAUGAAUGUUGGUUGUACUUUAUGAACCAAGCGCAGAAAAGGAGUGGCUCAGUCCCAUUGCUAAUAGAGAUACCAGUGUUCACCUGUUGGGUCCAACCAGUUUUAUGCUAGCAUCUGCUAUGUGUAGCUGCUGAAUCACAUAAGAGAUUUUUACAGGACAGGAAAAGGGAACUCUGUUCUGAUUUUAUGGUGAAAUGUGAGAGAAUGUUGGCAUGAAUAAACAUCAGUGUCAGCAUCGACUACAUACGGUAUCUGCCCUAAUUUUCACAAUCAGUGCAUCUAUAAUUCUGGCCUUCACUCCUACCCCUUGUUUGCAAAAUGCAGAGUUACUAUACUGUAGGUAGUAGUGAAAUCUCCCCCUCACAAAACAGGAUGAUCCUUCAAGCCCCUGAGACCUCAU